UGGCUCAGUUCUCAUUCAAAUCGCUCGCGGAACGGACCGGGUUUGCAAGAAUCGACCACGAACACACCGUCGCAACGCGUGCGCGCGCUCUCUUCACAUCCCUUCAAUUGAAAGGCAGAGAGAGGGGUGGCAAAUUUUAAAGGGCUCGUCUAUAACCCCUGCAAUGUUUGCAUAAAAAAUACCCAAAUAAAGUGACUUUCGGCACUUUACAGUGCGUUCAGUUUGGUCCUAGUGUGCGUUGCAAAGGGUCUCGCGACAUAAUUAGUGUUAUUCACGUGUGAGUUGCGUUAGUGCGUAAAGUGCGGCCAUCUUGGCGGCGGCGGCGGCGACGAUCUUCUCAACCAUGGCCUACUGAAGAGAGAAAAUACACGACGGCAACAUAAAGAGAAUAAAAGAAAACACAAAAGUGUCCCGACUUGUGAAUAGGUCAUAACGAUAAAAGUGAAUUAACGUGAAGUGAGAGAGCGAAAAAGGAAUAUUAAACGACCGCGUAUCGGAUGGAUUAAGUGAGGUGGAGAACAACAGAAACAAUAAACUCAACGGCACUGGUGCAAAUACCGCACGGAAGAAUCUUGCAAAAGGGCCGAAAGCAGCAACAAAAACAACGAACGUUGUGCCACUUGGAUCGCGUGUAAGAUUUUCAUCGGUUGAAGUGACGCCAGUCCACGUGUGUUUUUUUUUGUCUAAGAAGAAAGAGUUCGAAAAUCGAUUCCAUCGUUGCAAAGUGGCCAUCGCAGAGAAGAGGCAACGGAAAUUGCAAAAGGAAAUCUUCGUUUUUCACGCCGCUCAAAUUGCAGUGUUGCCAGGGCACGUGCUUUUUUUUAUGAUCUGCCAAUGGCAGAAAGGUUCAGCCUGCAAGUGAUUUAAAGGAAAAUAUAAAGCAAAAAUGAAAAUAAAUAAAAAUCAAUCGAUUUGAAUGUUUUCAAAAAAUAAAAGAGUCUGUGAUGAGCGCACUUGGGUGCACUUCGCAAUUCGCCGAAGAAGAAAUCUAAACUAACCGACUCGUUCGAUUGAAAGUGAAAAUGGGAGCAAUUGACGGCCCCUGCAGAAGAGGCAGCUUCAUCAACGUCAACGGUGGCACCUUCAAGAGCAACAAUCUCCAGCAGCAGCAGCAGCGUGGCCAACGGCGAAUGGCCAAGGUCAAGCCCGCGACGACCACCGCGAAGGUGGCGCCCCCGGUCGAUACCCAGUGAAUUAAUGUGUUUAUGUCUAGAAAUUACCACCACCGGUGAAGAGAAGUGAAGAAAACGCAAAUCAAGAUCUGAAAUCUAAGGUUUAGAAAUAACAAACAACGAAAAAAAAAGUGUGCUAAUUUUGGUGGCUCGGAGGGUUUGGAUUACGGAUACGGCGGCCAGAAGUAGCAGGAAUAGCAGAGAAAGAUGGCGCGCGAAUACCUUGGCAACGUGGUGAGCACGUCCAUGCCGGAUCUGGCGCAGGACGAGCCGGACAAUCUGAGGAAGAGCAUGAUGUCGAUCCAGGAGGAGCUGGGCCAGAUGGGCAUCACCAACGAUCAGCCACCGCCGGCGUACUCACAGGCCAUCCAAACGUCCGGCGGUGGCGUCGGCUGCGGUGAAGCCAUCAACAGCACCGACAGCAGCGUUGACAACAACGUGUGCCAAAGCGGCUGGCCAAACCUGCCUGGUGGAGGGCUCACGGGUGGCCUGCCGGGGAUGGCCAGCAAGCAGGUUGGCUGGAUGGAUGGGCUGUUCGGGUGUAUGAGGCCGGUUCUGUCGUUGAUCGGCAAGAGCCACAUCAUGGAGAUGAAGAGCAAACAGACUGAGGACUGGGAAAUCCCGUUCGAAACCAUCACCGACCUGGUGUGGAUCGGGGGUGGAGCGCAGGGGGCCGUCUUCCGGGGUAUGCUCCGGGGCGAGCUGGUCGCGGUGAAGAAGGUGCGCGACGUCAAGGAAACCGACAUCAAGCACCUGCGGAAGCUGGACCACGACAACAUCGUGAAGUUCAAGGGUGUAUGCACCCAGGCGCCCGUGUUUUGCAUGAUCAUGGAGUAUUGUGCGUUCGGGCCGCUGCACACGAUCCUGGCCCAGGGCGGCGACGUCAUUUCGCCCCAGCGGCUCGUGUCCUGGUCGCAGCAGAUCGCCCACGGCAUGCAGUACCUGCACUCGCACAAGAUUAUCCACCGGGAUCUGAAGAGCCCCAACAUCCUAAUCGACGACAAGGAGGUGAUCAAGAUCAGCGACUUUGGGACGUCGCGCGAGUGGAACGAGAUCAGUACAAAGAUGAGCUUCGCCGGAACGGUGGCCUGGAUGGCCCCGGAGGUGAUCCGGAACGAGCCAUGCAACGAGAAGGUCGACAUCUGGUCCUUCGGGGUGGUCCUGUGGGAACUGUUGACCGGUGAAGUGCCAUACAAAAAUGUGGACUCGAGUCAGAUCAUGUACGGCGUCGGUAAUAACUCGCUUUACCUGCCGAUCCCGGCGAGCUGUCCGGAGGGUUUCAAGCUGCUGAUUAAGCAGUGCUGGAGUCCAAAACCGCGCAACAGGCCGUCGUUUAAGAUCAUCCUGACGCACCUGGAGAUCGCAGGCCAGGAGCUGCUGCAGGCGUGGGCGGAAGAGCAGGGCUAUUACGAGACGCAAAAGUCGUGGCGGGAGGAGAUCCGGGGCCACAUGCAAAAGCUGACGAGCAACGGGAUGAACAUCCAAAAGUACGAACAGGAGCUGAUUCGGAAGCGCGAAGACGAGUGGAAGUACGCGCAGGACAUCCGGAUGAUCUACGAGCGGAAGCUGGAGAAAACCAACACGAUCUACCUGCACCUGAGCCAGGUCAUCAUGCAGAUCAACAAGAAGGAGCGGGAGCUUAUCGAACGUGAAAAGCAACUUCCAGGCUACAAACCCCGCAAGUGCGGCAACAUGCUCAAGCGCAGCGCAGACAAGGCCAACCGGAAACGCGCCCAGCUCUACUUGCCAGCGACGCUCAACGGAGCUCACCAACCGGUGGUGAUCAACCCGGCAACGGUUCCGGCCGAUGAAUCGAUCACACCUAGUCCAACCAGCCCGCAGAAGAAGGCCCUGUACGCGCAACUGGACGGCACGACCAACAACCCGGAAUCGGUAGUGCUGGCGACCGCGACACCGUCCACGGGUCGAACCAAAAAGUUUACCCGCCAUCGACGCGUCGGCUCGGGAACGUUCAACUCGCCCAAGUCCAGCCCGAGCCGGGACCGGCGGAUGGUGCAGAGUGAGCCGGAAACGCGCCACGUCAAACUGGUCGACACGGAGACGCAAACGGACGCCAUGGACGUAAGCGAAACGGACGCCAGCCCUAGCCCGAACUUGUCCGCCAAGCGCAUGUCGACGAGUUUGCGGGAGGAGCAAGACGACGAGGAGGAGGAGGAGGAGGAGGUUGACGAAGGGCGAGACCAGAUGCCGGAACUGGUGCAGGGUUACCGCUGCGGAAAGCCCCAGUCCGAAGACGACGGAGAAGUGCCUGAAGAUGAGGAGAACGGAAACUCCAUCUCGACCGGGAUGACCAACAGCCGGAGCAGCGAAAUGCUGACCAGUGGCCACCAGCAGCAUCCGGUGGAGGAGGAAGACGAAGACGAAGACGAAGAAGUGGGAAAAGAUCGCGAGGGCUGCUGUUCGAGCCCGGACAUGCUGAUGGACGCAAUGAAUAGCAACGAACGGCUGGACCGGGACUGCAGCGACGACGACAAAAUCGACACCCUGGACCGGAAGGUGAGCUUCAUCUCGGAGAAGCUCCAGCAGCAAAGCAUUCUCAACGACAACAGCAUCCUGAUCGACAACAACGUGACGGUGUACACGGCCGGGGGCAAAAAAGGCAGUCUGGGCAAGACGGCAGGGAAACGGAUGCUCGACGGGGGUAGCACCAUUCUGAUGAAGCAUCCGGCUGCCGGUGGGUACCUGAACGCGGGUGGAAGCGCCGUGGGGGCGUACGUGUACCGGGGGGAGGUCGUCGAGAGCGGCAGUCCGUUUCAUCUGACGAGGGCGGCCCUGCAGGAUCAGGAAGGGUGCAACGACAGCUGGACCGACGAGGAGGGCGAAGAACCGAUCGAGCUGUACAAUUACGUGCUGAGGAGAAAAUGCAUCGGCCGCCUCCCGAUCAAACGUGGCCGCCGCACCAGCAGCACCCGCCUCUCUUCCGCGUCCAGUUCCAGCUCGGCUGCACCAGCCGGCGCCGCCUCCAACCCUGUUGCCGUUCCGUCCUCGCCGAACUCCGUCUACCACCAGAAGCACCCCUCGGAGGUGACCAUCUCGGACGACGAGGAAAACACGUCCGAGUACAGCCACGACCCGUCGAGCCAGCGGUCCACCCUGGAGAGCAACCCGGAACUGCCGGCCGUCAUCAAGCGGCAUCACCGGAUUAAGCAGCAGGUUAUGCAGAAGAGCACGACUUCGGCAAAGGACACGGACGAUGACGACGAUGAUGAUGACGAUGAUGAUGAUGAUGAUGAUGAGGACGACGUUGAGAUCGAUUCCAGUGAUUCCAGCUCGGACGAGGACAACGAGCGCGUGGGCGUGAGGGAUGAGGAGAAUGGAAACAAAUACUAGGUAGGAUAUUAGUGAAGAACUGAAAGAGAGAGUGUGAUUCGAGCAAAUGGGAGAGAUCUUUACCUAGAGCUAAGUUCUGCGUAAACUGCGUUGAGAUUAGUUUAUUAUUAUUAUUUUUUUGUUCUGUCUGUACUCGUGAAGCAAUACUAUGUUUAGGGAUGUGUGCACGUUUUUUUCUUCUCUUUGUUCUCUUCAGUUUAGUCUACUUUUUUUUCUUUCUUUUGUUUGUUGCAAUUUAGCACUUAGGUUGUACAUUCCCCGGUUUUCGUUCCAAAGGAGCGAAUUCCACUCGGUCCAUUCCGUUUCAGCAUUGUGAGAAAGACUUUAAUAUCUGAUAAGCGAUAUUAUGAGAUAAAAUUAACUUUAGAGUUUGUAUAUUAUUAAAAAAUAUACGAUACAUACAGAAAAAAAGAAAUAAGUAUGAUAUGCUAUGUGUAAGGUUAAAAAUGAGCAGGAAUUAUCUUUAAACGUAAUGCAUUGAAAUUAAAUCCGUAUGGCAAAAAGAGCAGAAAGUUAGAAAGGGAUGGUACCCUCGUUAGAAUUUCGUUUUGUACCCCUCUUUCCAGGAUAAGUCUAAAAUAUUAGUUUUUACGACUCUGAGUUUAUGAAAGUGAUAAUUGCAAACAAAAUCGUGAUUUUUCGUGUGAGUAGAAUGUGUACAAGUGAAACUCGAUGUGGAAUAUAGUGAAAUAAAUUAACAAACCUACAUUUAGAGUGUAACAAACUUCGUCCAAUAACUUUAUAUUUAAAUUAUUUGCUCAGUUGCCCACUUCCCCACACCCCCCUCCCCCUUCUCACAAUCCUUCAUUUAAGUGUUCAACCAACGAUUAAAACCUCUGUUUUGCUCCAGGAAAGAAAAAAAAUACAAACUUUCAUCCAAGAUGCCAUCGCCUUACGAAAGACAAAAUUAAACCACGCAGGAGACGUAGAAAAAAAAAAGAAAGAUAAAAAACAGUACCUGCUUAGAUGUGUCGAUUAAACUCAUUCCCCCGAUUAAUGUUAGCGCAAACAAACACACACAAAAAAAUCCAAGUAGUCGGCGAUUGCGCUUCGCAAAGUGGUGUAAAACAGAUUAGGCUGAUUGUAGUAGCUUUUAUAUGUCGAAAAAAAGGAAGCGCGAAAAGGACACGCGAAGCGAGACUAUUUUUGGAAGCGUAUUUUUUUCUUAGCUCGGUUGCAAUCUUUUAAAUUGCGGGAAAUUACACACAAAACAACACACACACACACACGUCAAACGCUUCUUAGACGAAACUUGUCGCAAGGAUAUCUAAACUUAACGUUGUAGAAAGAGAGAGAGACAAACACCAAAACGGUACUUAACAAACAAACAAAAAAGAAGUUACAGAAUAUAUUCCACGAAACUACUAUUUGGCGUUGACAAAAAUUUCAAACUAUUUAGAAAGCACUAAGUAAAGGCAAAAACAAAUGACUAUUUAAAUCCUCGAUAUGCUACACAAUCAUUACCGGUAUAAAAACAAUAGUUUGUUGAAACAACUCUGCUCUAAAACAAUUGGCCGUUUAAAAACACUUAAUCAAAAAUUGUGCUGCGUGAGUGAACAUUAAACCAUGAGGACAUGAAACAAUUCUAAGCUAGCUGAGAAGAGGAGGAAUCAGGAGAAAUGUAAAUCAGUUGGUAAAAAUCCUAUACCUACGUGUAUACUGUAAGAAUUCGGCGGUUGGCAACCUUUUUCUCGGGAAGGAGCCGAACGACGCACAGUGGCUGGAAAAUGAAUAAACAUCGUGAAAUUAAAAUUUA